AUGACGUUAAAGUUGAAAGGUAUACGUUUGGAAGCAGAAGUGGAUAAAUGUCGAGCGGAGUGUAACUGGAAACGUUUGGGCGAACUGCUGCCAGCCAUUCGUCAAAAGCAUAGUGGUCUUGAGGAAUACGGCGAUGUUUUUGAGGCUGAAUAUAUUAUUGAAACUUUUGUUGAGAAGCACAGUGACUUUAUUGAACCUAAGAAGGAGAAUGAUAAAGAUUUAAAAAAGGCCAGAAAAUUACUUUUGGAAGCAAUCGAGUCUAAGCAUGGGACAAAUGCCUCUUACAAUCUUGAAAUGCGAUUACUAUUGAUUAAGUUGUAUUACUACUGUGCCGAAUUUGACAAUGUGCUAGCUGAUUUUAAAAAGUUGGAGAUUCCGGAGCCAGGCAAAAGUCUCCCUGCUAUACGCCUUGGUGCGGAAGCCUACGCAGUUGAAGGUUUUUCGCUUGAAGCAACACAGGACUUUACUGACAAAAAAGAGCAGAAGAAAGCCGAAAUAGAGACAUUGUUUUGUUUCGAGCAAUCCGCUCUGCUUACCCUUGAAUAUAUCAAAGGACGAGCUCAUUCGGAUGAGCUUAUGACUUCUAACUCUAGUCAGUACUUGAAAGCCGUCGCGAGUAGCACGCCUAAGCCAUACAGCGAUAAAAUAGGAGACUUGUUAGAAUCGUCUUUGGAACAUCUUCCGGUGUUGAAGAUGCGACGUAGUUUUUGUGACGAUUUAUCCGACCAAGAUGGGAUUAAGUGGUAUAGAGAUAUUAUGAAAUCAUUAUGUGACAAACCAGUUGGGGAAAAGCUUCAGCAACGGCUGAGUCGUCAAUUGGCUGAAGUUUUAUUGCAAAAGACCCCAGACUUUGUUGCCUUAAAUCUCCCAAAUCCACACUCGUUGAGUGUGAGUAGUGAGUCGGAUGGCAGUUGUUUUAAACCCGCUUCACGUAUCGAAGAGAUAUUACUGUUAUUGUUAAUUAGUGAGGUAUUAGCAUCGAAAGAUGUUGUACUUAGUAGAGCCGAAGAACUUGGUGGUAGUCGUCAUCAGUCAGUACAAAAUGCGAAAUCAGUCUAUAAUCUUUUAACUCUGGUUCUGUCUACACUUCGACAGUAUGAACUUCUAGCUACAAUUUAUGAGAGGGCCAUGAAAUUUGUCAAUCAAGACCGUUACAUUUGGUUUCAGUUUGCAUUGACUUUAAUGUGCCAUGGGCGAUGGGUUCGUGCCUCAAGAAUAUUUCAGCAGUGGCUUGCAAUUGAAAGGCACGAUGAAAGUGCAUUAAUGGAACAUAUGUAUGCUACUCGUGUCGAAAUUGAACAUCUUGGACAAUAUGACGAAGCAAUUGCCCAUGCUGAAGAAGCAAUAAAACUGAGUGAAGGAACCUGGUUGAGUGGGAGAUGUCACUUGUUGCGUGCUAUCGCUUACAGUCUGAAAGCGGACCAUGAGGUUCAGUACAAAAUAAGGAGAGAAAUGUAUGCCCAAGCUAUCAGACAGUUCAAAGAAGCUUUGGCACUUGAUUUUCAUGACGCCCUAACUCACUAUUACUGCGCACGACAGUACGCGAUAGUGCGGGAUAUGCGGAAUGCGCGUGACCAAUGCGAUCGAGCUUUAGAGCUCAAUGGUGAACUUCCGUGUGCUUUGAUGCUUUUGGCAUUAAUAAGUACGGCAACUAAGGAAUAUGAAGCUGCUUUGGAUUUCGUAACUAGUGCGCUGGAGAGUUUUCCAACAAAUUUUUCUUUACUGGUACUAAGACUAAAGCUAGAUACCAAAUUAGGUCGCGUAAGAGAUGCACUUGAAACUUCCAAACAUCUGCUCCAUUUCUGGCGUUCUAAGGAAAUGAAUGCAGCCCCGGAAACAUUUUCUUCUCAUGUUUCAGAAAAAACUAAUAAGAUUAAUCUUAAUGAGAUUCGAACCAGUGUCGCACGUUCAGUAAGCAGUAGAGACGCUAUUCUUCUGCUUACUUCGCCAAUGGGUAUUAUCCCUCCAACUCCUGUUGUCACGGCUUCGUCACAGAAUGGUGAUCAAGAUGGCAGUUCCACUUUUGGUGGAGGCUUGACUGUGGCUUCUGAAGUAGGAGCUGGGACAUCGACUUUCUCAGAUGGUCUGAAUUCUGGUUCCACUGUUAGUACCGAAGCAUUUACUCGAUUCAGGAACCAGGCAAAUAUUUGGGUGGAAUUAGCCGAGCUUUUUAUUGAGAAAGGUUGUUUGGAUGAUGUACGGAUAUGUGUUGAUGAAGCGUGCUCGGUAUUCCCGAAUUCUCACCAGACCCUUUACUUAAAGGGGAAAUUGCUGGCUCUACGGUCAGAAAAGGAAACUGAUGAGAAGGUUGUACAGCGGCUACACAAUGAAGCAAAAGUUUGCUUACUUGGUGCUCUUGCUUUAUCUCCGUCACAUAUUGCUUCAUUGAAACAUCUGGCUGCUAUAUAUCACUCAGAAGGGAAUAUUCUCAUGGCUGAAAAGAUGCUCAAGGAUAUUUUGCAAAUUGAUCCUCUAUACAGUGAUUCAUGGCAACUUUUGGGUGUUAUUCUUACUGAAGCAGGUCGUUAUGAAGAGGCUCUUGAUUGCUUACAAACAGCUGCAAACUUAGAAAAUUCCACUCCGUUAAUUCCCUUCUCUUCAAUUCCGGUUACUUUUGACUGA